GCGUGUGUGGCUCCGCGAGGCUGUGGGGGGACUAGCGCGCGCGCUCUGGGGCAGGAAUGGUGUUGUGUUAUUUUCAGCACUGAGUUUCAUCGAGGUUUGUGAUUAAACACACACACACGCGCGCGCGCCGCGGGAGAGACUCUGAGGAGAGAGCGCGAGACGGAGUGAGAGUCCCUGUUCAGAUGUCUCUGGUGGAUCUGGGGAAGAAGUUGCUCGAGGCGGCUCGUACAGGACAAGAUGACGAGGUUCGGAUCCUCAUGGCCAACGGAGCUCCGUUCACUACAGACUGGUUGGGUACAUCGCCGCUACACCUCUCAGCCCAGUACGGUCACUACUCAACCACCGAAGUGCUGCUGCGCGCUGGUGUUAGCCGAGACGCCCGCACCAAAGUGGACCGCACCCCUCUGCACAUGGCUGCCUCAGAAGGCCACGCCUCCAUCGUAGAGGUGUUGCUGCAGCACGGCGCUGAUGUGAAUGCUAAGGACAUGUUGAAGAUGACGGCGCUGCACUGGGCGGUUGAACACGGACACGGUGACGUGGUGGCGCUGCUGCUGAGGUUUGGAGCCGAUGUUCACGCUCAGAGCAAGUUCGGGAAAACGGCGCUCGACAUCGCGCUCGACAACAACAACGAGGACCUUGUGGAGAUACUGCAGGUGGCAAUGCAGAACCAGAUCAACACAAACCCUGAGAGUCCCGACAUGCUGACCAUCCACACCGCGUCACCUCAGUUCAUCAUCGGCCCGGGGGGCGUGGUCAACCUGACCGGACUCACACUACCCUCGAACACCACAAAACCUACAGUGAUGGCCACUGAGGAGGUGGUGACCGCAGACUCCGUCGACGGCGCUAUCCAGCAGGUCGUGACCUCUGGAGGUCAGCAAGUCAUCACUAUAGUAACCGAUGGCAUUCAGCUAGGAAACCUGCAAGGGGGUGGAGCCAUUAACCAACCCAUAAUAGUCACAAUGCCUGAUGGGCAGCAAGUACUGACCGUUCCAGCCACAGACGUAGCGGAGGAGACGGUGGUGAGCGAUGAGCCGUCACUGAAACGAGCGAGACUGGAAGAGGAAGAAGAAGAGGAAGAGGAGGAGAAUACCACCACGCGCACACACGAGACAAAGGAGAAGGUGGCGUUGUUGAAGCAGUUGGAAGAGGCAAACAGAGAAGCUCAAAAAUACAGACAACAGUUCCUGAAGAAGGAGCAGGAGGCCGAAGCGUACCGCCAAAAACUGGAGGCCAUCACACGCCAGGGGGGGAAGAAACCGGCGUGACACACACACACACACACACACACAAUAAAAACCUUAUGCAUCAAAACCGGUCUCACAACACACCAAGAUAUUCUUAUCAGGAACACUUUAAAAUAUCAGCCUGUGAUAUGAAACGUCUCCAUUCAGAGACAGCUGUCUGUUAUGGGUUUCUACGCCCCCCACACACACACACACACACACACACACACACUAGAUCUCUGAAAGGCUUUUAUUUUUGUUUUGUUUCAUUUGCAUUUUUAAUUUAACUUUUUGUGCUCCCUCCCACAUCCUCCUCCUGUCACUCAGACCCCUGUGCCCUGUGCACUACUCAGUGCACUUAGCAAGACAAAGCUUUAAUAUUUAGUGCACUACUUAAAUCCCACAAUGCAUUGCAGUAUGUUAGUGUCCAGUGCCUGUACACAGUGUACUCCUAAUGAUGUAUGAAGGCUGUAGCGAUUAGGGAUGAAGGGAUUAGGGUACCCUUGUGUGCUUUUUUAUUUUUUAUUUUUUUUAUAUUACCCUCACCCAGCUGUGAUCACCUGAACGUCAACUUUGUUCUUAAACGAAUGCGAUAAUGUGGAUUGUGUGGAAUAAAUGACGACGUGGUGU